ACUCUCCUCAAUCCCAAUCUUCUUCUGCAAAUCCAAAAAAAAUUCAGACAUUUGGAUUUUGAAACGUAAUGGCGGAGAAGGAGAAGAUAGAUUCUCAGGACCAUGGGAGCUACAACUACAAGAUGUUCAACUUCUUCAACCGCAAGUUCAAGAUCACAGAGGUGGAGCCGCCGGAGGACGUAAAGGCGGCGUUCUCGGAAUACGUUGGGGGCGGGUCUGAGAUGUCCGCCGAUCAACUCCGUCGCUUCCUGGUGGAGAAGCAGGGAGACGUGGAUUGUACUGUCUCCGACGCGGAGCGGAUUGUCGAGCGGAUCGUUCGCCGGCAGCCCGACGCGAGCACGGACGCGCCUCACGCCCUCAAAAUCGAUGAUUUCUUCCACUUCCUCUUCCAUGACGAUCUUAAUGGCCCCAUCACAGAAAAGGUACACCAGGACAUGACUGCUCCAUUGUCACAUUAUUUCAUAUACACUGGACACAAUUCCUAUCUAACUGGGAAUCAACUGAGCAGUGAUUGUAACGAAAUUCUUGUUCUUCAUGGAAGGACCCUGACCUCUCCAGUAUCCCUUCUAAAGUGUUUGAAGUCCAUAAAAGAGUAUGGUUUUGUUAGUUCUCCUUAUCCAGUAAUCAUAACAUUAGAAGACCAUCUUACCCCAGACCUUCAGGCCAAAGUUGCAGAGAUGGUGACUCAAACAUUUGGAGAUAUGCUGUACUACCCAGAAUCAGACUGCUUAACUGAGUUUCCUUCACCAGAAUCAUUGAAAAAUCGAAUAAUUAUUUCAACCAAACCACCAAAAGAGUAUCUUGAUGAGGAAGAAGCAUCUGGAAUGGAGACACCUAACAACUCAGCAGAACCAGACUCUGAUUACAGGAGUGAUAGCGAUCAAGAGGAUGAAGACUUUGAUGUAUGUGAUCGCAAAUCAGGCCAAAUUGGAUCACCUGAAUACAAGCAUCUAAUAACCAUUCAUGCUGGGAAGCCAAAAGGUGCCUUGAAGAAUUCAUUGCAAGUUGCACCUAAUAAGGUUAGACGUCUUAGUUUAAGUGAGCAGGAAUUUGAAAAGGCUGCUGCAUCUCAUGGAACUCAUGUUGUAAGGUUUACCUUGAAAAAUAUCCUAAGGGUAUACCCUAAGGGUACACGCUUUAACUCCUCAAACUACAAUCCAAUUAUUGGGUGGAUGCAUGGAGCUCAGAUGGUUGCAUUCAACAUGCAGGGAUAUGGAAAAUAUCUCUUGUUGAUGCAUGGCAUGUUUAGAGCCAAUGGAGGAUGUGGUUAUGUGAGAAAACCCAACUUCCUGUUGCAAAAAGGUCCAGUAAGUGAAGUAUUUGAUCCUGAAAAAACAAUUCCAGUCCAGAGAAGAUUGAAGGUGAAAAUAUAUUUGGGGGAUGGAUGGCGCUUGGACUUUAGCCACACACACUUUGAUACGUACUCUCCACCUGAUUUUUAUGUAAAGAUUUUCAUUGUUGGAGUGCCAGCUGAUAAUGAUAAGAGGAAAACAAAAAUAAUCGAGGAUGAUUGGUCUCCGGUAUGGAAUGAAGAAUUCACAUUUCCCCUGACCAUUCCAGAACUGGCUCUGCUCAGGAUUGAAGUACGUGAAUAUGACAAGCAUGAGAAGGAUGACUUUGGUGGGCAAACAUGUUUGCCCGUCGCCGAGCUGAAGCCUGGGAUACGAUCAGUCCCACUUUAUGACAAAAAGGGAGAAAAACUCAAGGAUGUGAGGCUUCUAAUGAGGUUUCAGUUUGAAUAAGUUAUAUAGAUUUGUUCACCCAGUCGUAUAUAAUCUUUACCCUUGUGUUGCAUCCUGUCUUUUACCCACUCUGCUGCCUGCACCUCAUACAAUCCCCACAGGAUACAUUUAACACAUGGUAACUAGUUGAUGCUUGUGACUUCAUGGAAGUUUCGAACCUUCUUUGGAGAAUAAGUGUGAUAAAGAUCCCUAAAGGAUUAUGUUAUUCAUACUAGUGAACUUUGGCGCCAAUGUUUAUGUAAUUCAUUUUUUAAGUAACAAUGAAAGUGCAUAUGGAUG